AUGGUCGUGGAGGUCUUGGAUUCGUACCUUAUCUUUUCCCACAAUCGACCCAGAAGAGCAUUCACAAUGGCUGCCGAACUCCCCAAGACCAUGCGAGCCCUCCAGUACUCGGAGCCCAGGAAGCAUAGCCUGGUUGAGAUUCCUCUGCCGGAGUUGCGUGAGAACGAUAUUCUGAUCAAGGUCAAGGCAUGCGGCGUCUGUGGUACCGACCUACACAUUCACGAGGGAGAGUUCCUUGCCAAGUUCCCCCUCGUUCCUGGCCACGAGAUUGUAGGUGUUGUUGCCGCUCUUGACCCCAAAGUCGAGGGCUUCGCGAUCGGUGAUCGUGUUGUUGCCGAUAACUCGGAGCUAUGCGGCACUUGCUUCUACUGCCGCCGCGGCGAAGAGCUUUUCUGUGAGGACUUCCAGGCUCGUGGAGUCACAAUGCAAGGGGGAUUUGCUUCGUACGUGCGGGCUCCUGCUGGACGCGUGUUCAAGAUCAAGAACCUGUCCGAUGUCGAUGCUACCCUCCUCGAGCCUGCUUCCUGCGCCGCCCACGGCCUGGACAAGAUCGCCCCCAAGAUGGGCUCUUCCGCUCUGAUCUUCGGUGCUGGACCCACUGGCCUGGUGCUGGCCCAGAUGCUGCGUCAGAAUGGUUGCGUCCGUGUCGUCGUUGCCGCCCCCGUUGGUCUCAAGCUUGAGCUCGCCAAGAAGCUGGGUGCUGGCGACGAGUACAUCGAGCUGUCACGUCAGGACGCCUCUGCUCAGUAUGCCAAGCUGAAGGCUGACAACCCCUAUGGCUUUGACAUCGUUGUUGAGGCUACUGGUAGCGUCAGCAUUCUCGAGGACGCCAUCAACUACGUGCGCCGCAAUGGCAAACUGGUCGUUUACGGCGUGUACUCUGACGCUGCUCGUGUUUCCUGGCCCCCGUCGAAAAUCUUCGGUGAUGAGAUUACCAUUAUUGGUUCGUUCUCGGAGACAUACAAGUUCCCGGCUGCCGUCGACUACCUGGACUCCGGCAAGGUCAACGUUGGAGGCAUUGUCAACAAGGUGUACAAGAUUGAUCAGUGGGAGGAGUGCCUGGAAGCCAUGCGCAACAAGACUGCCAUCAAGGCGGCUAUUGUCUUUGACUAG